UCGACCCCCUUCGAUCCAGGGGGCCAAGCGCGUUGGUCCGGUCGCUGUGUGGGCGGCGUGCUGCAGAGCGGCAGGACUCGAGCAGCGCGCGUCGAGGCGCCCCGGCGGCGGCGGCGAUGCCGCUGUCGCGCAGGGUGGCGUCGUGCGAGCGGCUGGCCGAGCUGCAGGCCGACUGCAUGGCGGACGACUUGCCGGUCGCGAAUCACAUGCUUUCCUGGACAGAGGAGGAGGCGGUGUACUAUUUUGAGUCGGGCGGACAGGAGCCGCCGGCCGAGCAGCGCGUGUACCCCAGGGUGUGGCUCACCUCGGACGUGCACACCGACCGGGCCGAGAACAUGGCGUGGCUCCGCUCGCUACCGCAGCACCCGGGCGAUGCGGUCGUCGUGGCGGGAGACGUGUCGCACCAGAUGGAGCAGCUGGAGGCGACGCUGCGCGCCUUCUCGGAGCGCUUCGCCCACGUCUUCUUCACAGCGGGCAACCACGACCUCUGGAUCACGCGCAACGACGGCGGCAUGGACUCGCUCGCAAAGCUCGACGCCAUCGACCGGCUCUGCGACCGGAUGGGCAACGUGCACUCGACGCCGCGGCUGCUGAGAGGGGACGGGUCGGGGGCGCACAAGCCCGGGCAGGGCCUGUGGGUCGUGCCUCUCGCCUCGUGGUACGACGACUCGCUCGACCUCACCCACUUCACUCCGUCGCUCAUCCACCGCGCCGGCGACAUGCGCGCCUUCACGUGGUCGGACUUUGCGCUCUGCAAGUGGCCGGCCGCGCUGCUGCGGCCGUCGGACACGAUGACGGGCCACUACCCGGCGGGCGUGGCGUGCAAGCUCGCGGAGAGGAACGAGCCCUCGGUCCGGGAGGUCAACGAGGCGCUCUGCGGAGCGGUCGGCGACGCGGUGCUCUCCUUCUCGCACUUUCUCCCGCGCGAGCAGACGCUGCCGGACUGGCUCGACCCCGCCGGCCUCUCCUUCUCUCCCGACUGGGUCUCACACCCCGCCGGAGGGACCGCAGUCAACUUCUCGCGCGUCGCAGGCUCGCGCCUCAUCGACGAGCAGCUCCGCCGGCUCACGGCGGGCGUGCAGCGGCCGCCCGACGGCGUCUGUCACGUGCACGCAUUCGGGCACAGCCACCGCCCAAAGGACUUCUCGCUCGACGGCGUGCGGUACGUCUCUCACCCGCUCGGCUACAGCAAGGAGCGGGUCAAGAGGCUCACGCCGGAGGUGCCGCACCUCAAGCUUGUGUGGGACGUGGACGGCGCAGUGCCGCCGCCACCACAGCCGCUCAUCCGCUACUGGGAGGAGCACGGCGGGCGCGAGCCCGAGCUCGAUGCGCUGCUCGCCUCGCCGGCGCGUCCGCCCGCGGAGCGGCAGAGGGGGGCGGGCUCCAUGCGGCGCAACGCGCAGUCGUGGCACUGCGGCACCGAGGCGUCGAUGCAGUCGAGCGCGAUCGCGGCGCAGGCGGGCAGGUCCGACCCGGCGGGGAUGCGGCUCGGCGGCGCGGCCGGCGGCGGGGUGCGCGGCGGCGGGCUGCGCGGCGGCGAGGGCUCGCCGCAGGGCCCCGGCGCCUAUGCGAGGCAGCUGCGACUGCAGCGGCAGCGGCAGCGCGAGCUGCAGCACGAGCGGAGGAGCGCGUCGCUCUCUCUGCCAUGCGUGCAGCAGGCGCUCGACCUGAGCCGGGCGCCCCACGACGAGGGCGACGAUUUGAGCGCGCUGCUCGCGCAGGGCGUCUCUUCGGAUGAGACGCCGUGAGGGUGCGGGAGGAGGCGACGAGCUACCCCAUGCUUCCGCAUGUUCCCCCCACACCCCCCACACCCCCAUGGACCUCGACUUCUCCCCAUGUGAGACAUGUGCUGCUCCCACCUCUCCCAUACCCCCUUCCCUGGCAUGAGAUCUGUGCAUGCACGCGGUUGGGUCUCGCGGGCUCUCUCCGUCUGCGGCGCGCUGGGUCCGAUCUGCCGUGCGCGACAAGUCGCAGAGCUAGAGCUUUUGUGUGUGGGGCGGGACUGCCCGAUAUCUCGUUGUUCUUGCCCCUUGAACGAAGCUGAGGCCUUUCGCUCGCCAUUUUGCUAGUUAUAGCUGAGAU